AUGGCUACCGAAGAAGUCAUUUCGCCCCAGACGGUCAAGGAGUUGCACCUCUUUGAGGCUGCCAUCUCAGACGUCGAGACAGAGAUCACGGCGAAGCACUACCUGAUGACCAAGGACAUCUUCGCUCAACGUCAGAAGACAAUCGCCAAGAUCCCCAGCUUCUGGGCUGUCGCGUUUGAUAAUGCCUCCAACGAGCUCGAGGCCGCCGUGACGCCCAAGGACCAGGACAUCUUCAUGCAGGCUCUCUCGGGCCUCGAGGUGACACGGCCGGAGAUCCCCGCAGGGGCCAAGGUCAACGACUCGGGCCUCGACAAGUUCGGCGAACCGCGCUCUCUGAACAUCAGCUUCCACUUCAAGAAGAAUGAGUGGUUCACCGACAGCGUGCUUGAGAAGAAAUUCCAGUUCCGCUACGGCAAGGAUGGGUCAGCGGGCCUGGUCUCGGAGCCCAUCAAGAUCAACUGGAAGGCCGGCAAGGACCUGACCGAGGGUCUCACCGACGCAGCCUACGCCUUUUGGACGGCACAGAAGAACAACCCCAGCCAGAAGCUGGACGGCGUGCUUGACAACGACGCGCGCCACGCGCGGGAUGCGGCGGCCAAGGCGAUGCCCGAAUACAAGAACCUGGCCAAGAUGCUCGAAGAGAAGGUCAACGGCGCCAUCAGCUUCUUCAACUUCUUCUCGUACCGCGGACGAUGGAUCAGCGCCGCCGAACACGCUGAAGAGAAGGCCGACCUCGCAGCCAAGCGACAAGCGGCGGCUUCUGGGCAGGAUGCGAAGGAGAAGGAUGACGAUGACGACGAGGACGACGAGGACGAAGACUUUACGGAGGAGGAAGUCGAGACUUUCCCUGCCGGCCACGAGGUGGCGGUCACGAUUGCCGAGGACAUCUGGCCAAACGCUAUAGAUUACUUCAUGGCCGACUCGAUUGACAGCGAUAUCGACAUUGACGAUGACGACGAGGACGAAGACGAGGAGAUGGAGGGCUAG